AUGGAGGUGAACUCCAAGAUUCAUACUUCCCACAUCCCAGGUGGACACAAGAAUCAUACUUCCCACAUCCCAGGUGGACACAAGAUUCGUACUACCCACAUCCCAGGUGGACACAAGAUUCGUACUACCCACAUCCCAGGUGGACACAAGAUUCGUACUACCCACAUCCCAGGUGGACACAAGAUUCGUACUACCCACAUCCCAGGUGGACACAAGAUUCGUACUACCCACAUCCCAGGUGAACACAAGACUCGUACUACCCACAUCCCAGGUGAACACAAGAUUCGUACUACCCACAUCCCAGGUGGACACAAGAUUCGUACUACCCACAUCCCAGGUGGACACAAGAUUCGUACUACCCACAUCCCAGGUGGACACAAGAUUCGUACUACCCACAUCCCAGGUGGACACAAGAUUCGUACUACCCACAUCCCAGGUGGACACAAGAUUCGUACUACCCACAUCCCAGGUGGACACAAGAUUCGUACUACCCACAUCCCAGGUGGACACAAGAUUCGUACUACCCACAUCCCAGGUGGACACAAGAUUCGUACUACCCACAUCCCAGGUGGACACAAGAUUCGUACUACCCACAUCCCAGGUGGACACAAGAUUCGUACUACCCACAUCCCAGGUGGACACAAGAUUCGUACUACCCACAUCCCAGGUGGACACAAGAUUCGUACUACCAACAUCCCAGGUGGACACAAGAUUCGUACUACCCACAUCCCAGGUGGACACAAGAUUCGUACUACCCACAUCCCAGGUGGACACAAGAUUCGUACUACCCACAUCCCAGGUGAACACAAGACUCGUACUACCCACAUCCCAGGUGAACACAAGACUCGUACUACCCACAUCCCAGGUGGACACAAGACUCGUACUACCCACAUCCCAGUUGGACACAAGACUCGUACUACCCACAUCCCAGGUGAACACAAGACUCGUACUACCCACAUCCCAGGUGGACACAAGACUCGUACUACCCACAUCCCAGGUGGACACAAGACUCGUACUACCCACAUCCCAGGUGGACACAAGAUUCGUACUACCCACAUCCCAGGUGGACACAAGAUUCGUACUACCCACAUCCCAGGUGGACACAAGAUUCGUACUACCCACAUCCCAGGUGGACACAAGAUUCAUACUUCCCACAUCCCAGGUGGACACAAGACUCGUACUACCCACAUCCCAGGUGGACACAAGACUCGUACUACCCACAUCCCAGGUGGACACAAGACUCGUACUACCCACAUCCCAGGUGGACACAAGAAUCAUACUUCCCACAUCCCAGGUGGACACAAGAUUCGUACUACCCACAUCCCAGGUGGACACAAGAUUCGUACUACCCACAUCCCAGGUGUACACAAGACUCGUACUACCCACAUCCCAGGUUGA